AUGGCUGAUGCGGACAAUAAAAUUAAUGAUGGGUCUGUGGGUUGUUAUAUUGGUUAUGGCACAAAAUGUGAUGCCAUAUUCCCAGAAUCUGUACCAUUAAUUGAUAUGGUAACCUCUCAAGCUCCUAUUGCUGGACAGAAUAUCACAUUUAAUCUUACUAAUGUAUUAUUAAAUGGAUCUCUUACUACUGAACACCAUAUAGAUAUUAUUUUAGAGUCUCAACCUAAUCUGGUUAAAUAUUCUCAGCAGAUUUGUAUUGGAAACAACACUUGGUGUCCAAUUCCAACUGAAAAAACAGUUGAAAUAAUAGUGGAAAUUACAGUACCUGAUUAUUUUGACGUUUCAACUUUUAGUGUUUAUCUCAGUAAUUUUUAUAAAAUCGAUAAUGAUGAUUGUACUCCUAAUAUUCUUG